GGCCGCAGACGCUGCGUUCGCGCCACAUUUUUGAGUUUCAUUUCCAUCAAGACAUUGCUAGUUCCUCCUCCCCUGGCCUUUUCCCGAAGUUGACUCUUCUUUUGAGCAACAGAGAGCACCAGUCAUGGAACCCCAACGCGGAAAGGUGACUCGGACUGCUUCGAAAGCCGGAGCUGCCACCCGCAAGGUUUCGGAGCGGAGCACGAGGGUCGCGGUGACCGAGCCCCGCGAGUCUCCCGCUGCUCCCCGGGCCGCCCAGCUCAACGUGGGAAACUGCGGCCCUGUCCGGGAGUCGCGAUCCUUGCAGACCCAGAGCGCCCGGGACCCCCAGGAGGAGCUGCAGGAACGUGCACUCGGAGCCCGCUCCAAAAAGGCAUCUUUGCGCGCGCAGGGUGCGCCGCCCUCGGGCGUUAGUAGCACCGACAGAGCUGAGGCGAAGUCGGCUCCCGCCGAGGCACCGAAGCCUCCUGUGGUCCCAAGGCCGCUCCCUCCUAGGGCAGGGUCUCGCCGCGAGGGAGGCGCGCGCUCGGCUCGGGAACAGAGACCCGCGCCUGAACCCGCGGAAGUGCCUUGCUCUGUCACGCCGGCCCGGGUUCCGAGUCUGGGCGUGCGGGAGGUGGCGCCUGGCGGCUGGAAGCCCCGGGCUGUGCUAGACAAGUUGAGGCUCAGGCGCCAGGAAAUCUCAGCAGCGGCGGAGGUGGUGAACAGGGUCGUAGACCACCUGCUUCGGAGACUGCAGGACUUCGAUUCCGAGUUCAAAGGUGUCGAGCUGCUGCGCACCGGGAGCUACUAUGAGCGCGUGAAGAUUUCUGCACCUAAUGAAUUUGAUGUCAUGUUUAAACUGGAAGUCCCCAGAAUUCAGCUAGAAGAAUAUUGUAGUAGUGGUGCUCAUUACUUUGUGAAGUUUAAGAGAAAUCCCAAAGGAAAUCCUCUGAAGCAGUUUGUAGAAGAGGAAAUAUUAUCAGCUUCGAAGAUGUUGUCAAAGUUUAGGAAACUCAUUAAAGAAGACAUUAAAAACAUUGAAGGUAUAGAUGUCAUUAUGGAGAAGAAAAAACGAGGGAGCCCUGCUGUAACACUUUGUAUUAGAAAACCUGAAGAAAUAUUUGUGGAUAUAAUUCUGGCUUUGGAAUCAAAAAGUAGCUGGCCUGCUAGCACCCAGCAAGGUCUACCCAUCAAUAACUGGCUUGGAGCAAAAGUUAGGAAGAAUUUAAGACAACAGCCAUUUUACCUCGUACCCAAGCAUGCAAAAAAUGGAAGUGGUUUUCAAGAACAGACAUGGCGGCUCUCUUUCUCUCACAUUGAAAAGGAUAUUUUGAACAACCACGGGCAAUCUAAGACAUGUUGUGAAAAUGAUGGGGUAAAAUGUUGCAGGAAAGAUUGUUUAAAACUAAUGAAAUACCUUUUGGAACAGCUGAAAAAAAAGUUUGAAAAAGAACUGGAUAAAUUCUGUUCUUAUCAUGUGAAAACUGCCUUCCUGCAUGUAUGUACCCAGGACCCACUGGAUAGUCAGUGGCACCCCAAAGAUCUAGUAUUCUGCUUUGAUAACUGUGUGGCAUUCUUUCUUAAGUGUCUCAGGACAGAACAACUUGAGCAUUAUUUUGUUCCUAUAGUCAAUCUUUUUUCUCGAAAAUACAUUGACAAAAUAAGUAAAGAAUUUCUGUCAGAGCAAAUCGAAUAUGAAAGAAAUAAUGGAUUUCCAAUUUUUAAUGAAUUUUGAAAUUUUAUUUUAAACAAAUCAAGAAGUGACCGUAGUAAUUGGGAUUGUCACAGUAAUGAUUGCCUAGAAUGAAUGUAAUUAUUCAGUUCUCAGUUUGUCAUAAACAGCCCUAAUAUAAAGGAUUGUAGAUAAAAUGUGAAGGACUGACAAUCCUAGAAAAGACAUUAGUUAAGAAAUGAAAAGCACAAUGAGUAUUUAAAGUCUAACAACUUUACCAGACCAGGCACUGUGAUACAUGCCUGUAAUUCCAACUACUUGGGAAACUGAGGCAGGAAGAGGCCAGGAGUUCAGGACCAGCCUGGACAACUUGGGAGACUCUGUCUCAAAUGAAAAAUAUAAUAAUAAAAUUAAAUUAUGAAAUAAAAACUUUACCAGAGUGGAAAGUGGAAAAAGGAUGAAAUAUAUAUCCUCUCCAAUUAAAUUCAUCAAGCACUUAUUGAAUAUCAGUUCACACCUAUCACAGGUAUGUGGAAGGUCGUGAGAGGCAGUAGUAGAAAUGAUUAUUUCUUCCAUAAAAGUAGUAGGCUUUGUUUACCUUUAAAAUAUAUUUGGGGCUUUGGGGAUAUGGGUCUUGCCUAGUGUGCAGGAGGCCCUGAGUUCUAUCCCCAUCACCACACACAAAAAUGUGUAUGUGUGUGUGUGUGUGUGUGUACAAACACACAUACUGUAUUUUGAAGCAUUGUCUGGUCUGGUCCUGUAUGCUAGGAUAAGAAAGAAGGAAAUGAAAAAAUAAGUUUUAUAUUGUCUGUACAUGUUUGAGGAAAUACAUAAUCUUAUAGGAAAAUAUAAGACAUUUUACUAUAUGUGAUUAAGCAUAAAAUUAACUUAUUUUCUUUUAUUUAUUUUUAUUUUUAGUAAUACUUUUCUGUGUGUUUCUGGAAGGGUAAUACAUAUUGUACCAAACUCAGAGGAAGGGGCGUGGGGUAAAAUGUGACUCUCCUUUGUAUUCAAGUAGCACUCAUUCUAGAGGCACUGAUGUUCGUUAACUUUAUUUGCUGGUACAUUUUGCACUUUAUCUUUUGGGCUGGUUUAUCUUUUCCUCAUCAUUUUGUUCAUUGUGUUUUGGAUAAUUAUCAUUUGUUCCCCGUGUCACAUAUGACUUCUACCAUGUUGGUUGUCUUCAUGUU